AAGAGUAUAAUGUUGUAUAUAUAUAUGUGGAAUCACACUGUUUGUGUAUAUAUAAGAAAUAAGAAAUAGUUUUAAUGAAUUUGUUUUCUACAAAAUUUAUUGUUGAUGUAUUUCGAGUAAAUUUUUAAUCUACAUUGUUAUGUCUGUAUGAUCCCACAUCUGAUAUUUUGACUUGCGGUUGAGGAUCUGAGAACAAUGCGAGUCGUGCAUUUGAAGCUUUUCUGGUCGUUUUGGUUGUUACAUGUGUCUGUAUAUGUAGUGUUACUGGUAGGGAUAAGUGAAUGUUUAUUUGCGGAUUUCACAUUCGUUCGGGUAAAAAGUAAAACGAACAUUUUUAACUGUUGUUUUCUGCUUGUAAUUUUAGUUUUGGUAUGAUUUGCGCUGAAUCUGACCGCAAUUUGGUGUAGGAUUCAGUUGCAAUUGUGAAAUUGAGGUUUCAUUUUAGCCGAAUCUGCUUUGCGCUAUACUAUUUUAGUGUUUCCAAAGAAAUUCCUUUGAAGUAAGAGUAUCAAGUUAUAUUCUCUGCGUGCCAGUAGUUGUGUUUUGACAUCAUAGUGAUUUCAGGUGAGAAGAAAUGACGGGUUUGCUGAUUAUUCAACCUCAUGAUCUCAAAUUCACAUUUGAGUUGCUGAAGCAAAGUUCCUGUUCUGUUACUCUAACCAACACCACAGCUCAAUGUGUAGCAUUUAAGGUGAAAACAACGUCACCUAAAAAAUACUGUGUCACACCUAAUAUAGGCAUCAUCAAGCCAAACUCAACAAUUAAUUUCAGAGUUACGAUGCAAGCUCAGAGGACUGCUCCAGUUGAUAUGCAAUGCAAGGAUAAAUUUUUAAUUCAGAGCACUAUUGUGCCCCACGAGAAGAUGGAAGACAAAAGUAUUUCUGAAAUGUUCACGAAGGAUAAAGGAAAAUACAUCCAAGAGAACAAGCUAAGGGUCAUUCUUAUCAGCCCUCCACAGUCUCCAGUUUUGCAGCCAGUUAAUGGAGUUCUCAAGGAAGAUUCUCCUGACAACUCUCCAACUUUGAAAGAAAAGUUGCAGAUUGGAGUUGAAAAUCUUCCUCCAUCUCAUGAGUGGCAGCAUACUGAGAAGAGAGAGGAUACUGAAGUUGGUGCUCGGAAGGAGCCAAGGUUUGGAAAGAUUGUGGAGGUUGAUUUUGCUCAUCCUAAGCCUAAGCUUAACCGAGAUGAGGUUGCAGAACCAAUUUCUGUGGAGGUAAAGGAAACAACAGAGGUGACCUUUUCCAAAAGCUUUGAGGAAAUGAAGGCGAAGCUGGGUGUUGAAUCAGUAUCUGGGGCGGGGGAUAUGCAAACAACAGGAGUGGCAUUUUCCAAAAACUUUGAGGAGUUGACGACAAAGCUAACUGUCAAUCCAGAAUUUUCCGCUGUACAAACGGACUCUGAGGAGUCGAAGCCAAAGUUAGGUGUAGAGCCAAGACCAGUGGAGUAUGUUGGAACAGCACAAGUGUUGUUUCCCAAAGACAGUGAGAAGUUGAAGGAAAAAUUUGUGGCGGGUUUAAGAUCCAUGGAAGAUGUAGAUACAACAGAUCAUGUAUCUUCCAAAGACAUUGAGGAGUUGAAGGAAAAGCUAGGUGUUUUGAACAUAAAGCUGAUUAAGGCGGAAGAAACAGUUUCAAAGUUAAACCAAGAGAAGGAAGCAAUUGCUAAAGAGAAGGAAACACUGAUGCAGGAAAGGGUUCUUUUGAGGAGGAAGACUGGUUCGAGGAAAGUUCAAGUGGGAUUCCCUCCUCUAUUUGUUUGCAUGGUGGCACUUGUUGGUUUAACAGUGGGAUUCCUCUUACGGUCUUAGUGCCAAUGGGUAUCAUGUGUUCUUCCUUGAGUUUCCGAAUAGUCUAAUGCCCCUAACAGCAAAAUGCUCUCCAAAUCCAACAUUGAAUGAAGAUAUCUUUGUUAUGUUCAACAGAAAGAGAAGAUUGUUAUUAUAUCUUAACAAUAGGGAUUACUUUUCUUUAUAUUAAUAUGCAUAGUAUUUAAAUUAUCCGCAGUUCUUUCAUUUUGUCGUUCAUAUUUUAUGAUAUUGGUCAUAGCAUAAAUAUCUAUAAAGAUUUUAUCAGAAUAAGUUAAUCCUUCAAUCUAAAGCAUGUUUGGUGAGUGUCCAA